AUGUUUUCCUGCGCGCUGCCUCUUCUUCUCCUGUUCUCCUGCUGGGGUUUGUUCGGUUCCGUAUCGGGAUCCGCCGCCGUGGAGCAGGUGUACCGGGACGUGGUGAGCGUGGUGUCUCCGGGCCAGGAGAAUCUGACCGAGGAGGCUGUCCGCUCGCUGUUUAAUACGCUGGAGGCUCGUGUGCACUGCGGCGACGGGCCGUGUGGAAAGUGUGAUCUUGCCGGUGCCGUUCAUCAGCUGUUCCACGAUCACGACCGCCACAGUGAGGAGAAAGCUGGAAAAAGUGGUGAAAACGUGUCCAUCAGUGUCAGUGUCUCUCAGUUCCCGGCUUUUGCUGCCGGCUCCGUCCUGUACCUCUCCUCUCCCAGUGUGGUCUGCGCCGCGAUUGCAGAAGAGAAGUGGGGAGACAAAACUGAAGAGUUCCUACACAACGUCACACAUCAUGAUCACAGUGGACACACCAACAGGGAAGAUGCAGGACACUCUCACAACGAUAUGGACAUUCAUGGACUGGAGGCUGUGUUUGAGGAACUUAAACACCACUAUGAACCUUCACCCAAUGAGAUCUGUCUGACACCCAGUAUCAUCAUGACGGAGGUCAACGCAUCUUCAGGACAUGACGUGGUAGAUGUGGGAGUCGUUUUGGGCCGCGUCCUGUAUCACGGCCUGCACGGACAUUGCUUCACAGAUAAACUGCUGCCUGAAGAGAAAUUCUUCCUGGACUACAUUAUGCAUCUAAUUGGGUCAGAGGGUUUCUCUAUUGAAGCUUUGGAGUCACUGAUGAAAACAUUGAAUAUUGGACCUCAAGAGAGCGACCAUGAUCAUGACCACGGUCAUGGUCAUGAUCAUGACCACGGUCAUGUGCACGAUGAGCAUUCUGAUCACAGCAGUCGGAGACAGAGGAACCAUGAACACGAUGAAACACAUGGCCACAAUUCCACCUGGGAUCAUUGUUUUCUCCUUUUCUAGCAUUGUUUCUCUGCUGAUGAUCUGGUUUCGAUCUACGGACUACUAGAAAAUGGCUCCUCUUCUCUGGAUCGAUCUGAUGUGGCUCGACUCAGUCCCGCAUUCGUCCAACAGAUCCUCAGUGGAGCUUGCGUACCAGUCACUGAACCAACAAUUCCAGAUUCACUCUCCAUGACUGAAAGAUACCUCUAUGCAACCCUUGCCAACGUGGUGAUAACACUGAUGGCCAUGAAUGGAAUUGUGAUCUUGCUGUUCACCUCUUGCACCAGCGCUUUCCAGCUGUGCAUACAGUUUUGCAUCAGCCUGGCUGUAGGCUCCCUAAGUGGAGAUGCCCUACUGCACCUCGUACCCGUGGCCUUGGGUUUGCACUCACAUGAGGGCGAGCAUUCACAUAGUCAUGACGAAGUCCCAGAUUACGUCUACAAAAUGCUGGUUGCUGUGGCCGCAGUCUAUUUAUUUUACCUGAUGGAAAUGAUCUUUUGUCUUAUUACGUAUAAAGAUCAUGGUCAUCAAUAUCAACUUGAUCAUGGGAAUGACUCAGACCCCCACCACUGUGAUCAUGGGAGGGUUUUAGAAAAGUUUCAACAGGAGAUGGCAGAAAAAAAGAAAUCUCAGUCGGCAUCGAAAACAGAGCUGGUUGACUAUGAAAAUGACACAGCUGUGGAGGUGAAGGAGCGCACAAGAACAAUGCGUAUGCUGCCUUUAAUGAUCACCAUCGGUGACGGGAUUCACAACUUUGCAGACGGAUUAGCAAUGGGUGCGGCUUUCUCCGUGUCAUGGAAGUCUGGUUUGGCCACGUCGUUGGCUGUUUUGUGCCACGAACUGCCACAUGAACUCGGCGAUUUUGCCGUUUUGCUCCACAGUGGUUUGUCCAUCCGCAAGGCUUUGCUUUUGAACAUUGGCAGCGCCAUGAUGUCUUUUAUCGGUCUGUACAUCGGUCUGUCAGUGGCCACUGACGAGGCGGCCCAGCAGUGGAUCGCUGCUAUUACUGCAGGACUCUUCCUGUACGUGGGACUGGCAGACAUGCUGCCCACCUUGCUCCAUGUCAACAGCAAGAGACCCUGGCUGAUGUUUGCGCUGCAGAACGCUGGCCUUCUGACUGGAUGGGUGGCUUUAUUGUUAUUGUCACUUUAUGAAGGGAAUCUGCACUUUUAACGGGACUGUGAGCCUGUUUAAUGGGUCCAUCCCAGUCUGAGAUCAGCA